CUUUGUUAUUAGAUGGCACCACCACCAGCUUUCCAACACCCCUCCGAAGAACAGCUCAACCUGAUCGCACUCAAGUGCAUCGAGGAGGUCAACAUCGACAAGCGCAUCAUCGAGGAGGUCCUCAAAACUCAGGUCCUGCCCAAAACCAACCGCAAAUACAAGAAGUACCUCGAGUGCAGCUACAAGAAGCAAGGCUUCCUGUCCCUAGACGGCCGGAGGAUGCUCUACGACAACCUGUUCAGUUUCCUGUCAGAAUUCUACAAAGUGGAGGACCUAGGCGUUCUGGAACAUUGCAAGAUGAUCAGAGUGGACGAUCCUGCUGAGUUGUGCUUCAGGAAUCUCGAUUGCAUUCUGGUUUCGUUAAAUUUAAUUGAGGCGGAUGAUGAUGAAGUUGACACGAACAAUGUUUGAUUGGUGUUGAUGUUGCGAUUUGAGACAUUUAAACGUAACGUUUAGAAAUAGUAGUCUGGCUCUUUAUUUGUGUUCAAGUUUUUUCAGCUUGAAAUAACAGGUUUCUUUAUUUUAUUGCUAAAUAUCUGAAAGAGUAUGAGGCGGUCACCGCCAGGCGUAUUACGCAGUUGCAAGUUGCAACAAUGACGUGCUCGGUGGUAGUAUUUCAAGGGUGUCAAAACAUUUCUAAAUA